CCCCGCUCUGGACUUCGCACAAAACCCGAUCCACCCCAAGGUCGCGCGCUUUUGAGGUCACGGAAUCCUUCCUGGUUCUCUCCACCCAACCCCCAGCCCCCCAUUCCCGACACCUUUUUUAUCGGUCGAGGUACUUCCGCCCGCAUGUCUUGACGCUGCUGCCCUGCUUCCCCAAGUUGUCGCCCGCGGGUCACUCACGAGUACUCUUCCGCCUCUAAACCACAGCCUUCUCACUGCUACUCGGGGCUUUGUGUGCAGUCUUGAUUUUCUGCCACCAGCCAGCUCACCAUGCAUCAGUGGACGAUUUCGCCUAUGCCGGAGUACCUCUACUCCAACUCCACCAACCACCCCAAUGAACUUCAUCAGUCGCCUUAUCAGCAGCCGCAACCGCAACCGCCGCAACCACAGCAGCAGCAGCCGCCGCCGCCGCCGCCGCAGCAACAACAGCAACAACAGCAGCCUGAUGUAACGAGGCGCGACCAACCUACCGAUUAUCGUGCGUACCCCGCACAGCCACCCCCGACUUCUCAGCCACAGCACCCGCAUCAGCAGCAGCAGCAGCAGCAGCAGCAUGGGCAACAACACCAUGCCGUCCCGCCUGUGCAGCCUCAUGCUCAGCAGUCCCAGGCUCCACCGCCCCAACAGCAGCAGGCCCCUGCUUCUGCGCCCACACAGUCGGGAAGACGGAAACGCCCGGCGCCGGGUGCCCACCCUCCUGCCCAUGCUCAGCCGCACCCGCAGCAACAACACGUCCCGCAUCAACCACAACACGCUCCUCCUCCCCACGCUCCACAGCAUGUUCCUCAGCAUGGUUCCCAGCAUGCCUCGCAACAUGGCGCUCAGCAUGCGCAACAGCACCCAUCUCAACAUCCCCAGCACCCGUCUCAGCAUGCUCCCCAGCACAUGACGGCUCCUCCGGCUGGUCAGCCACAACAACAGCAGCAGCAACAAGCGGCACCGACUGCUCCUAUGGCCUCGCCUCAACUCGCGCAGCCUCCCUCCCAGCAGCAGCAGCAACAACAACCACAGCAACAGCAGCCACAACGCCAGCAGUCAGCGCAUCUCCCGCAGCAUUCACCGCAUCAGCCACAUCAACAGCACGCGCAACAGCCGCAUCAGCAACAUGUAUCAGGCUCGGCUCCUGCUCAGACUCAAACCCAACCGACCACGGGCGCCGCACAGCCCACCUCUACGGAUGAUACACCAGCUCCUCCUCCUGCGAAGAAGAGUCGCACGAAUACUCCCUGGACGCCUGCCGAGGAGCUUCGGCUGAAGCAAAUGCGUGAUGCGGGCAAUAGCUGGGCUGAGAUUGCCAAGACAUUCCCGCAGCGCACAGAGGGUAGUGUGAAGAAACACUGGUACAAGGAUAUGCAUUAUGCAGAGUUUGCGGAGGAUGAGAAAGCGGCAUUGUUUUCUGCCAUUAAGGAUUACGAGAACAAUAAGUGGAAGUUUAUCGGGCAAAAGGUUGGCAAGCCAGCCAAGGCCUGUGAGCAAUUUGCGAAGGAGCAUUUUCCUGAACUGUUCCCCCCGCAGCAAAAGGGGCGAUGAAAACGUCCAGUUGUCACUUUGGACUCUGGCUUGUGGCGCUCUCUCAACGGUGGCUCUUGUGGUUCCCUUGUCAGGUUUCGAAACAGACCGCGGAUUGUGAGCUGCUGCGAGGGUACCACUUCCGCUGGUAGUCUCG